AUGCCAACUGUCCUUAGUCCAUCCGUGGCUCCCCGGACAGGGGCUGAGCCCAAGUCCCCAAGACCUAUUCCCUGCCCAGCCGAGAACAGGACCACUGAGGCUGGUGGGGGGAACCCAAGUGGUAUCUACUCUGCCAUCAUCAGCCGUAAUUUUCCUAUCAUUGGAGUGAAAGAGAAGACAUUCGAGCAGCUCCACAAGAAAUGUCUGGAAAAGAAGGUUCUAUAUCUGGAUCCUGAGUUUCCCCCAGAUGAAACCUCUCUCUUUUAUAGCCAGAAGUUCCCCAUCCAGUUUGUCUGGAAGAGACCUCCGGAGAUUUGUGAGAAUCCCCGGUUUAUCAUUGACGGAGCCAACAGAACUGACAUAUGCCAAGGAGAUCUAGGAGACUGCUGGUUUCUCGCAGCCAUCGCCUGCCUGACCCUAAAUGAGCACCUGCUUUUUCGAGUCAUACCCCAUGACCAGAGUUUCACAGAGAACUACGCAGGCAUCUUCCACUUCCAGUUCUGGCGCUAUGGAUACUGGGUGGAUGUGGUUAUUGAUGACUGUCUGCCAACUUACAACAAUCAACUGGUCUUCACCAAGUCCAACCACCGCAAUGAGUUCUGGAGUGCUCUCCUGGAGAAAGCUUAUGCAAAGCUCCAUGGUUCCUAUGAAGCCCUGAAAGGUGGGAACACUACAGAGGCCAUGGAGGACUUCACAGGAGGGGUGACAGAGUUUUUUGAGAUCAAGGAUGCUCCCAGAGAAAUGCACAAGAUCAUGAGAAAAGCCAUCGAGAGAGGCUCCCUCAUGGGCUGCUCCAUUGAUGAUGGUACCAACAUGACCUAUGGAACUUCUCCUUCUGGGCUGAAAAUGGGGGAGUUGAUUGCGAAGAUGGUGAGAAAUAUGGAUAAUUCACAACUUGGGGACUCAGACCUCCUCCCAGAUGACAGAGCAACACGGACAAUUGUUCCCGUUCAGUAUGAGACAAGGAUGGCUUCGGGCCUCGUCAAAGGUCAUGCCUACUCCGUGACGGGGCUGGAUGAGACUCUGUUCAAGGAUGAGAAAGUGAAGCUUGUGCGGCUGCGGAACCCCUGGGGCCAGGUGGAGUGGAAUGGCGCCUGGAGUGACAGGUGGAGUGAGUGGAGCUUUGUGGAAAAAGAUGAAAAAGCGCGUCUGCAGCACUUGGUCACAGAGGAUGGAGAGUUCUGGAUGUCCUAUGAUGACUUCAUCUACCAUUUCACAAAGCUGGAGAUCUGCAACCUCACAGCCGAUGCCCUGGAGUCCGACAAUCUCCAGACAUGGACAGUGUCUGUGAACGAGGGGCGCUGGGUGAGGGGCUGCUCUGCUGGAGGCUGCCGCAACUUCCCAGACACUUUCUGGACCAACCCACAAUAUCGCCUGAAGCUGCUGGAGGAAGAUGAUGACCCCGAGGACUCAGAGGUGAUCUGCAGCUUCCUAGUGGCCCUGAUGCAGAAGAACCGGCGCAAAGAUCGAAAGCUGGGAGCCAACCUCUUUACCAUUGGCUUCGCCAUCUAUGAGGUCCCCAAGGAGAUGCACGGGAACAGGCAGCACCUGCAGAAGGAUUUCUUCCUGUACAACGCCUCCAAGGCCCGUAGCAGGACCUACAUCAACAUGCGGGAGGUGUCUGAGCGCUUCCGCUUGCCUCCCAGCGAGUAUGUCAUCGUGCCCUCCACCUACGAGCCCCACCAGGAGGGAGAAUUCAUUCUGCGGGUCUUCUCAGAGAAGAGGAACCUCUCGGAGGAAGUCGAAAACACCAUUUCCGUGGACAGACCAGUGAAAAAGAAGAAAACUAAGCCGAUCAUCUUCGUUUCGGACAGAGCAAACAGCAACAAGGAGCUGGUCUCAGAGGACGGCAAAGACAAACCAAGUCCUGACAAAGAGAAAUCCCAGCAGCCUCAGCCUGGUAGCUCCGAAGAGAGUGAAGAACAGCAGCAGUUCCAGAACAUCUUCAAGCAAAUUGCAGGGGAUGACAUGGAGAUCUGUGCGGAUGAGCUCAGGAACGUCCUCAACACUGUCGUGAACAAACAUAAAGACCUGAAGACACCGGGGUUCACGCUAGAAUCAUGCCGGAGCAUGAUUGCACUCAUGGACACAGAUGGUUCUGGGAGGCUCAACCUACAGGAGUUCCAUCAUCUCUGGAACAAGAUCAAGGCCUGGCAGAAAAUUUUCAAACGCUAUGACACAGACCAUUCUGGCACCAUCAACAGCUAUGAGAUGCGCAAUGCAGUCAACGAUGCAGGGUUCCACCUCAACAGUCAGCUCUACGACAUCAUCACGAUGCGGUAUGCAGACAAACAGAUGAACAUUGACUUUGACAGCUUCAUCUGCUGCUUUGUCAGACUGGAGGGCAUGUUCAGAGCCUUUAAUGCCUUUGACAAGGAUGGAGAUGGGAUCAUCAAACUCAAUGUUCUAGAGUGGCUGCAGCUCACCAUGUAUGCCUGAACCAAGGAUCACUCAACUCAAUGUCACUCAAUGCAGCUACAGCCACUUGAAGGAUGCACCCAGUAGAGCUCCAGGAUCCUCAUUGGCCAUAUCCCUCCUUCAAAUCUCUUUCCCUGUGAGAUUCUGUCUCCCUUGCCCACCC